AAAUAGAUAUCUGCUUUUUGAAAUGUCUGGACUUUCUAGACCAGAGGACCACAGGCGAAAGUGGGACAAGGAUGAAUUCGAACAAAUAGCAAGACUGCGUGCUCAGCUGGCAAAUGAUGAGAGUGGAAGCUCAAGAAACAGUAGUGAUGCACCCAAAAGAGCACCUCUUGAAUACAGAGAAUACAAAGUUGAUUUGGAUUCUAGACUUGGCAAAACUCAGGUUGUCACUAAAACAACUCCACUUGCUCAACAGGGCGGAUAUUACUGCAAUGUGUGUGAUUGUGUGGUCAAAGAUUCGAUAAAUUUUCUCGAUCACAUUAAUGGCAAAAAACACCAACGUAAUCUGGGAAUGUCAAUGAAAGUUAAAAAAUCAACAGUAGAAGACGUACGAAAAAGGUUUGACAUGAAUAAGAAGAAAUUAGAGGAAAAAGAGAAGGAGUACGAUUUCAACGAAAGAAUGAGCGAGAUCAAAGAAGAGGCAAAAAGACAAAAAAGUCAGCGGAGGGAAAAGAAGAAAAACAGGAAGAGGAAGUCGGACGUCAUGGCUGAGGACGAGGCCGAGGAAGAGACUAUGGACCCGGAGCUAGCUGCCAUGAUGGGCUUCUCAGGAUUCGCUUCAACAUCCACGGGGAAGAAAUAAAAUUUCUUUUGGGAGAAUUACAGUUUUACGGGUGCUAACGAGAAGUAAACAGCCCAGCCAAGCGUUGACGAUGAUAAACCUGAAAAACGAAGCGGUUCAAGGAUAAUUGUAGAGCUUUGUGGAGAAACUUUUAAAAAUAUUGUUUUCUGUAAUCGAUGAUUUUGUUUUGCAUUAAGUGUUUAACUCAACUUCAAUUAAAAAUAUAACAACCGUU